AUGAAGAAAGCUAUCGUCGAUUCUUCAAAGCUUUUCGCUAGCAGGAAUCGCUUGAUUGAAGGUAAUCCGUCGAAGUACUAUCCGUCAAUUGUGCGUGGUAGUAGCAGUGUAAAAGAGUUUGUAGAGAGGUGGAAGGGACUUGAUUCUAGUACGCGUAAUGUCAAUGAAAGCUUGCACGGCAGAAUAUGCGGUGUGAGAAGUGCUGGGAAAAACAUGUGUUUUCUGGAUCUGGGCGGGUUGCAGGUUGUCAUGAACAGCAAAGAAAUGGCUGAACGUAACGAUGGCUUGAACCUGGCUCAGCGGUACCGAGCCGGAGAUUACGUAUUGGUGAGCGGGCGGCCUGGACUUACGGAAAGACAGCGUACGCUUUCCAUUCGGGCGGAGAAGCCGCCGACGGUGUUAGCGGCUGCACAGCAGCCGCUACCGCCUUCUCUGGAGGACCGCGCCAAGUUAAAGCAGAACCGUGUAUUAGACUACCAGCUAAGCGGCGUAGAAAUGCUUGUAACGAGACAUAAAGUUACUAGGGCGGUCCGUGAAUUCCUCGAUGGACGCGACUUCGUCGAAGUCGAAACUCCAAUUCUCUCUAACAAGGCCAAUGGUGCAUCUGCAGAGGCGUUUGUUACCUAUUCUAACGCCUUACCAGAGAAUGAAAAAAGGUUAGAACUAAGAGUUGCUCCUGAACUUUGGUUGAAAAGGCUCAUUAUCGGUGGUUUAGAACGCGUCUACGAACUGGGUAAAGUCUUCAGGAACGAAGGUAUCGAUGCUACGCACAACCCCGAAUUUACUACCCUAGAGUUUUACCAAGCGUAUGUUACUAUGGAGGAUCUCAUCGAGAAUGUGCGGGACAUGUUGGUGCACAUUUGUUCGGCGGUAAGCGGGUUGCCGAUGGCUCAGCGGCUUCUCUCGGAGUUGCAAACGAAGGGGUUACAGCGGUUAGAUUUUGUCGAUACACUCUCUAAGGAAACUGGCACAGAUUUUCAUGGCAUACAAGAUUGGUCGAAUCCGGAAUUACUGUGGGAAGCCACACCAAUCAAGGACAGAAGUAAGCUUUUCCCCGAGGGACCCCAAGCGUUGUCUCCAUCACAGAUGUGGAACAGAUUGGGUGGUUACUACGUGGAAGAUCGUCAUUGUAAUGGUCUUUGUCCGACGUUAGUUUGUAACCAUCCUUCAAUUAUAUCUCCGUUGGCAAAGCCUAAUGACAAUCGGUUAUCCAAGAGAUUUGAGAUGUUUAUCGGGGGUAAAGAGUAUAUCAAUGCCUACGAAGAAGAAAAUUGCCCGCAGAGACAAUUGCAGUCGUUCAAAGAUCAAGCUCAAAGCCUCCUACAGUAUGGCGAUAAAGAAUCGUUAAGCGUUGAUGAAGCGUAUGUGGAGGCUAUGAAAUGGGGGAUGCCGCCUACGGGAGGCGUUGGCUUGGGUAUUGAUCGAUUGGUGGCGCUACUGUUGGGCAGUACGAGAAUUGAGGAAGUACUGGCAUUCGGAUGCCUUGACGAUGUAAAUAGACAAUAA